AUAUAUUAUUAUAUUUACAAGACUAGACAAGACCAGAGAGUAAGAAGCAGCACUCUUUUGUCUAUUUUCCGGCAACCCUCGUCGGAGCGGUGGUGCAUCGACCCAAUAGAGAAAGGCAUUACGAGUUCAAAAUCAGUUGCCGAUAAUGUCUGCAUGUAAUACUGGUACUCCAAAAGCUGAAAUAGAUGAGGCUUAUCAGCAGGCGGAAGCAGCUGUCCGUGUCACUAAGAAAUUUCAGGAUGAUAUAGAGAUAUUAGGUCUUACGGUCAAACACUAUGAAGACAAAAUUAGGUAUCUGAGGAUGGAGAAAGACGGUGUAGAUGAUUCCAUUAUAGAUCUGGAAGUUAUAACUGGCAAGCAUCAUGCAUCAUCUAUUAAACCUGAAGAAGAGGAUUCUCAAAGUGAGGAUGAGACAUAUAAAAAUAUUUUAAAGCUGGAGAAAUCUGCUGCUGGACUUGUAUGCCAGUUAAAAACUCGACAUGGAACUCAGGUUUCUCACAGUCCAUUAGUGAACGAUGUAACUGGUAUUGUUGCUACGCUUGGCAAAGUGGAUGAUGAAAACCUUAGCUGGCUUUUCGCAGAGUACUUGGGAAAAGAAACAAUGUUGGCACUUGUUUGCAAAACUUUUAUUGGAGUUGAAGCUAUUGAGUCUUGUGAUACAGAAGGUGCUAUAAACAGGAACCAUGGUCUUCAUGGGCUCGGCUAUUCUGUUGGACGUACUAUACAUGGACGAUUUCAUGUCAUUUGUCUUGCUGAUAUAAUACCUUAUGUUGGCAAGUUUAUAGCUAACGAUCCACAAAGGAGGCUUGAUCUUCCAAAGCCAAAAUUUCCUGGUGGAGAAAUUCCUAGUGGCUUUCUUGGAUAUGCUGUGAAUAUGAUCCAUAUUGAUAAGGCAAACUUUUACGUCACAACCUCCGGCUAUGGCCUUAGAGAGACUCUUUUUUAUCAUCUCUUCUCGCACCUUCAAGUUUAUAGAACUAGGAAAGACAUGUUGAAGGCCCGCCCCCUCAUAUCUGAUGGAGCAUUAUCUUUGGAUGGAGGAAUAAUGAGAAGCCGUGGUGAUUAUUACCUGGGGAAUAGGGAAGAAGCAGAAGUGAAGUUCCCAAGAAUCUGCGAAAAAUCAAGUGUACCCGGAAACUACUACGAGAUUGAAAACAACCUGCACAGAAAAAAGUGGGAUCUCGAAAGAUUGCUAGAAGUUAUGCAGAGAGAACAAUCAAAGCUGGACCAGGCCAAGUUCGAUUUUGAAAUCAAGAAACAAGAUUUUGUUCGGUUCUUGGCAAGAAGUUCACAUCCAGCUCAGCCGAAGCAGGAGCAGCAGUAGAUUCCAGCUGGGCAAGAGAGUUUGGCCUCAAGAUGAAACAGUUCAUCAAGACAUCAACUCACUCUCUUGUCAUCAUUUAGUAUGAUUCUGUAGUUGUGCUAUUGUCUUACUGUUCUUAAAUCUGAAUAUGGCCGUUUCUGAGGAUGAGGGGUAACCUAAAGGUUCAUUUCCCACCCACUGAUUCCCAUUACAAGUCUGGACUUAUGACAUCCUUUUCCAGUGUUGAGUUUAUUUGUAUUAGAAGAUAAUGCUAUCUUGUGUUUAUAUGUUGUCUUAAUUCUGGGUGUAUUUGUACUAUAGAUGAUGUUGUAUUAGUUCUGCGUUUAUUUGUACUACAUCAAUGUUGUCUUAGUUGCGCGUUUAUUUGUAGCAUAGAUGAUGUUGUCUUGGUUC